GAAGCUGAUCUAAACCUGGCACAGGCUCGUAUGAGAGACCUUGAUGCUCAGCUGAACGCGAAGGAAGCUGACUUGGCGACAGCUUUGAAUGAGAACCGAAGUUUGGAGAAUGACCUCCGUGAAUUAAAGGAUCAAGUAGUCACUCUGAAGCUGUCACUGGAAGAUACCAAAAAGCAUCUCCACAGCGAAAUGUUGAGGAGGGUGGACCUGGAAAAUCAUAUGAAAACUUUGCAGGAACAAAUGACGUUCCAGAAGCGCCUUCAUGAAGAUGAGCUCAAGGAGACAAAAAGAGUUCAUGAGAGCAGGAUAGCAGAAAUAGAAUCUGGCCGUCAGAGAGAAUUUGAGAGUAAGAUCUCGGAUGCUCUGCAGGGUCUCAGAAAACAACAUGAAGAACAAAUUCAAGGAUACAAAGAGGAGCUGGAACGAACAUUCAGUGCAAAAAUGGAGAAUGCCCAGCUAUCUGCAGCAAGAAAUAGUGACUUUGCCAAUGCUGCUCGGGAGGAGCUGAUGGAAACAAAGCUGAGAGUUGAUACUCUGACAUCUCAAGUUAAUCAAUAUCAAAGCCAGAAUGUUGCUUUGGAGAACAGAAUAAGGGAGCUACAGGAGACACUGGAUUAUGAUCGCGAUCUCCAUCGAAGGCGUAUGGCUGAAAAAGAGAAAGAAAUGGCACAAGCCCAGCAGCAGGCGCAAGCACAGUUGGAAGAAUAUGAGCAUCUCUUAGAUGUGAAACUGGCUCUAGAUCUGGAAAUAAAUGCCUACAGAAAGAUGCUGGAAGGAGAGGAACAGAGGCUAAAGCUGUCACCCAGUCCAUCUUCACACAGUACUGCAACUCAAGCAACAAGCCAAGGGCGCCGGUUCCUGCAUGGGAAGAAAAGGAAAAUGAAAGAAGCCAAAAAGAGAGGGCGUAGUGCUGGAUUUAAGACUGUUCAGCAUGCUUCAUCCUCUGGAAAUGUAUCUAUUGAAGAAAUUGAUGCAGAUGGGAAAUUUGUCAGGCUUAAAAACAACUCUGAUGAGGAUCAGCCACUACAUGGAUGGGUGUUAAGAAGACAUCUUGGAAGCGUGUCAGAUGUAACAUACAAAUUUCCUUCACGGUUUACUCUCCAGGCGGGCCAAGUAGUUACAAUCUGGGGUGCAGCUGCUGGUGUAAGCCCAGGUCCUAGUGAUCUGGUCUGGAAGUCUCAGAAGUCUUGGGGAAUUGGGGAUAAUAUUGGUGUUACACUCAUCACAGAUGAUGGUGAGGAACUCGCAGAGCGGAAGAUAAUGCAUGUACCCAGAGGAGAAGAAAGCAGCGAGCAAGAUGAUGAUUAUGAAGAAAUAACUGGAAGUGAAAUGGAGUUUCCAUCUCAGACCAAAAGAAGAAGAAAAAAGAAAUGUUGUUUGGUUUCAUGAUAGUGGCUCCUGUGAGCAUCCUUAAGCAGGUGAGAUGCAAAAUGAGGAUCCUAGCUGUUCUAUCAUGUAAUGGGGACAAAGAGAUGAUCACCUGAAAACACUUCUUAAUCCCAGGUGACAAAGACUACAUGUGUUUUGGUAUCUUCUGCAAUAUAUGAAACUUGGAAUUCACAUCUCCCAUCUGACCUCUUUGUAAGAAACACUGUCCAUGACAUGAUGAAACUUCCUACCUUCUGAUACUGGACCCUGUCCUUGGAUUUGCUGAUAUAAAGAGCAGUAGAAUACAAGCUCCAUGUGAAGCUACUCUUACUUUAACACAAGGAUCUGUUUUCCAUGACCUGCCGGAACAGAGGAGGGUACACAGUUUACAAAACUUCUGAACAUAAGCCCUGGAAGGAUGCUAAAUAUUUGACAAUGAGCAUGAGGCUGCCUCAGCUUUCUCAAUAUUCUGAUAUGGUGUUUCUCCAAGGGUAACUUCUGUUUUGAGCCUGAGUGGGAAACUGCAUGGGUCAGAUCGCACCCUAGCUUGCACCCUGACCAAGUCUGAACUUGGCUGAAGUAAAACAAUAUCCUGAAGAGUGCUGAGUGUCUGAAACGUCUCCUGCUCAGAUCCUGAUGCUGAAAUAUAUGGAACUCUGGUCUAGAUCACUUGCUAGAGAACUUCCUAGAGUGAAACAUUUUAAAAUUAAAAGCAGUUGUAAAAAAUAUUCUUGUCUGUUAUUAAAUGUACUGUUUCUGUAUUCUAGCACCUGGAAAUCCACCAGUUUCAGUAUUGUAUGUUCCUAGACACAGUAUAUCACAGUGUAGCUGUGUCAACCUUAACUUGGACAGAUGUAUCCUGUAAAUGUGAAAAAGCAUCUCAUUCCAACAGAGAAGGUACUGUAACUAGCAAUAUUAGCAUUCUGUUUGAAUGG